AUGUCUACCGAAGCCUACGAUCAUGCCAGCAAAGUCGAGCAGAAUGCUGGCGCUUACCAACUGGAGCAGGUUAGGACCGCAGGAGGCCAUGUCGCGGAUCGAGGCCAGCCAGCAAUGCCAGUCGUUCAUCGCAACUUCGCCAACCCAGCACCCUUGGGCCUCCUCUCCUUCGCCACUGGCAUCUUUCUAAUCUCUAUCCUGGGCGUCCACGCGCGCGGCAUCCAGACGCCAAACAUCCUCGUCGGUGUCAUCAUGUUUUUCGGCGGCAUUUGCCAGUUCAUAGCGGGAAUCAUGGAAUUCAUCGCAGGCAACUCCUUCGGCGCCACCGUCUUCCCCUCCUACGCCGCUUUCAACUUUAGCUAUGCCAUGAUAUUCAUACCAGGCACCGGGAUCAUGGCUGCUUACACCGACCCCAACACCGGCGAACUUACUCCGGACUUUAAUAAUGCCUUGGGCAUGUUUGCCUGGGCUUGGUUCAUCCUGACGGUCAUCUUCACCAUCGCGGCAAUGCGGAGCUCGUGGAUCUUAUUUCUCACCCUUUUCUUCCUCGACAUCGAAUUGCUCCUAUUGGCUGUCGGAUACAUGCUGUCUAGCAGCUCAAUCUUGAUUGCAGGGAACUCAGUGGGCUUUCUCGUUGCCCUCUGCAGCUAUUGGGCCGGUUGCGCCGGAUUAUACAGUGGCGGCCUCACCCCCUUCGAAAUCCCAACUUUUGCGAUGCACAAGGCAGACUAG